GGGUCAUUUUUUUAUAUGGAAUCGAACUGUCCUGUAAAGCUGAAACUAUUUAUGUUUCGGUGCGUAAAGGAGAGGCGCGUGCCAAAGUGAGCGAAUGCCAGUGGACGAAAUUACACUGAAGAUGUCAACAUUGCUUUACCACCCACUCGAAAUCGAUUGUAUUACCUUCAAGAAGGUGGCUCUCCAUAUAAAUAGGAACGCAUUAUUUCAAAGACUGUGUUGAGCACAAUCUGCUGGCUGCUCUUUUCCUUAUCGGGACCACAGAUAACGCCUGGAAGAAUUUGUUCAAGACAACUGUGUCUCCCAAGGACAUAAGCAUCUUUAAUUCCUAAACUGACAGUGAAGCCAUGCAGGUGGAGAGAAAAUGGCACAUACUGUUGACUAUUUUCCUUCUGCUCAUUACCUCCGGUCAGUGUAUGGACAGCAAAGAGGUCAAGCAGAAAGAAAGAAGGACCCUGUUGGAUUUAAUCUUACAGGUUAUUAGAGACAGCCAGCAACGGGAAAAACCUGUGUCCCGCCGCUGUGGAAGUGGACUCCACACUUCAGCACAAGACAUGAAGUUCUCCUCCCGUGAAAAGCCUUUCUAUGUCCCUAGGCUGGAUAACAGUAGACUCAUAGAUAUUGUUCCUAGAGAUGCAAACAUGAAAGACAGAUUUAUUCAGCAUUUCGGAGGACAAGUCAAGUUCUCGUCGGAGUGCAAAACACACUUCCAUAGACUUUAUCACAACACAAGGGAUUGCUCAAGACCGGCAUAUUACAAAAGAUGUGCAAGACUGCUAACACGAUUAGCAAUGAGUCCACUCUGCAUGCAGUCAUAGAUAUUGCAUGUCCCGGUAUUAAGGAAGACGGAUUAAUGCGUUACCAAGGAAGUGCCUUUGAAUCCACAGCAGUCAUAAGAACAUUGUUGUGUUUAUGGUGUCUCUACUUUUGUAGUUUUUGUUUUCAUUACUAAAAAAGCAGAAAGAACAUUGU